UCACCAUGGAGACAGAGAGAGACAACAAACUCGCCUUCCUAGACACCGCAGUUUUAAGAGAACCUGAUGGUCGCCUCACCACCAGCGUAUACAGGAAGCCCACGCACACCGAUCAAUACUUAGCGUAUGAUUCACAUCACCCUCAAUCAGUAAAACGGGGUAUUGUUAAGUGCCUUUACGAGCGCGCCAAACGUCUCGUAACAAAACCUUCCGUCAUUACCGAGGAAAAAAAACAUCUGUCAUCCGUUCUGGUUUCUAAUGGUUAUCCUUUUUCUUUCUUGCAGAAACUUACCAAGACCGGAAAACCAAACAACAGUGCCGAACUCGCCAACGAGUUCAAAGCUACUGCGGUUUUACCUUAUGUCAAAGGUCUGUCCGAACAGCGUUGCCGCUGCCUACAACAACAAGGCGUACGCGCUGUUUUCAAGUCGGAGACUACGCUAAGAUCUCAGUUAGUACGACCAAAAGACGCUGUCGCCCCGGCUAAACAAGAUGGUGUAGUUUACAGGAUUCCCUGUGAAUGCGGCAAGGUGUACAUCGGCAAGACUGGAAGACCUAUGCAAGACAGAAUUAAGGAGCACGAUCGAGACAUUCGACACGCCCGUACCGAGACCUCCACCGUUUCAGAGCAUGCCCACAACACCGAACACAAGCCACCCUAA